AUGGGCUGGCCGAGUCGGCCCGAUAAUUGGCGUGAUGGUGCAAGACCGGGCCAGCAAGCAUUUGUGGAUGUGGCCAAGGCCAUAUCCCGCUUCGAGCCGGUUACUGUCGGCGCGGAUCCGGAGCUGGUCUCUCAGGCCCGUGCAGCCCUCCCCCCAGAGGUGGAGGUGGUCGGCAUCCCACAGGACGAUUCGUGGUUCCGAGACACCGGCCCACUGUUCCUGGUGCGGGAGGGUGCUGAUGGCCGUGAGGUGGCGGGGGUCGACUGGGAGUUCAACGCCUGGGGUGGCCUGUACGGCGACUACUCCAAGGAUGUGAAGAUCGCGUCGGCCAUUCUGGAGAGGGAGGGCAUCCCCUGCAUCCCCGGGCCCAUGAUCCUGGAGGGGGGCAGCGUGCACAUGGAUGGCGAAGGCACCCUGCUGACGACGGCGGAGUGCCUGCUCCACCCCAACCGUAACCCCGGCCUGUCCCAGGCCGAGAUCGAGGCCCGGCUGAUGGCGUUCCUGGGGGUCACCCGCGUCAUCUGGCUCCCGCGCGGCCUGGUCGCCGACACCGACACCAACGGCCACGUGGACAACAUCGCCUGCUUCGCGCGGCCAGGCGUGGUGGUGCUGGCCUGGUCAGAUGAUGCCGAGGACCCGCAAUACGAACGGUCCCGCGAGGCCCUGGCGGUCCUGGAGGCCGCGGUCGACGCGAGGGGCAGGCGGCUGGAGGUCGUGAAGCUGCCCCAGGGGCCCGCGAUGCAUUACCGCGAGGAGGAAACGGCGUCGAUAGAGAGAGCGGGGGCGGGGGAGAUGGAUCGAGUGGCGGGCACUCGGCUGGCAGGGGCCUACAUCAACUUUUACAUCUGCAACGGCGGCGUGGUCAUGCCGGGGUGGGGCAUCCCAGACGCCGACGCAAGGGCCAAGGUGGUGCUCCAGGAGGUGUUCCCAGACAGGGAGGUGGUGCAGGUGUACACGCGCGAGAUACUUCUGGGGGGCGGGAAUGUGCACUGCAUCACGCAGCAGCAACCCCUGGGCAAACCUGCCGCCAUGGGCGGCCUUGCCAUCAGUGCACUGUGA